CAUGAAGGCCCGGGGAAGGAGGUAGAGCCUGGACCGCCGGGGAGAGAGAGACAGCUCAUGGACAGAGGACGCUUGGCGGUGUAGACUUCACCAUGGCUGCCCAGUCGAGCUUGUACAACGAGGACAGAAACUUGCUUCGUAUUCGAGAGAGAGAGAGGAGGAAUCAGGAGGCUCUGCAGGAGAAAGACAAGUUCCCACAGAAGACUCCUCUCUUUGCAGAACCCUACAAGACUAAUAAAGAAGAUGAGUUGUCAAGCCGAAUUCAAAACAUGCUGGGCAAUUAUGAGGAGGUCAAGGAGUUCAUCAGCAACAAAUCCCAUCAGAAUCUUAUAGGGAUUCCAAAAAAUGUUUCUCUUCUUAUCCCACAAGGAAAGCUUGGUCGCCCAUACUCCCCUGAGAAGACUAGCCAUACGUUACCAUCUUCAUUCCACCACACUACCCGCCAUCUACUCAUGGGACCUACAGUGGUAACUCCUCCUCUUCCAAGCCACUCCAAUCACUACCGAAAGGCACAAUCAAAAAAAGAACGAGCUUCAGGCUUGCAUGCCAAUAGUCACAGCUUAUCCAGUGGUCAGAGCCAAGGUCAAGAACACAAUUGUGGUGGCCAUGGAAGUCAUGCAGCUUUUCAUAACAGAAAAAAAGACAGUUCUCUGGCUGGUGAAGGUCCUGCUAGUGAACUGCAGGCCUCCCUUUUGUCACUUUCUCCAUUGCUGCCAUCUUUGUCUUUUCCAGUGGCACCCCUGUCACCUCUACAUUCCAGCCAGCAUAUCGAUUCCAGGUCACAGAACAGCAGCAAAAGUCAUGAGCCGAACUACAGUCAAACAAAAUCAUCUCAGGACCUAGUGGCAGAAUCACAGGAGAAGGAAAGUAGUGACAGCUCAGCCAUUAACCUGACCAGCACCACUCAACCUUCCUCUCAGACUUUCCCCCCACCUUUGCCGUCAAAAACCAGUGCAAUGCAGCAGAAACCAACGGCCUAUGUCAGACCAAUGGAUGGCCAAGAUCAAGCACCAGUUGAAUCACCGGAGCUCAAACCUCCCCUGGAGGAAUACCAGGGAGAAAAAAUCUCAGAUGAAAAAAUCUCAGAUUUGAAGGUGAAUGCCAAAGCUCAACUGUCCAAACUGGAAAUACCUUCUGAGCCUAUAGAGCAAACCCUCCCCAGUGAUGUCCACUCCGUUGAAGACAUUUUGAAGGAAAUGACCCAGUCAUGGCCACCUCCUCUGACAGCUAUUCAUACGCCUAGUACAGCAGAGCCUUCCAAAUUUCCCUUCCCAACAAAGGAAUUGCAGCAUGUUGGAUCUGUGUCACAGAAUCAGAAACAGUAUGACGCACCUUCAAAAAUGUUGCCUGGUUCUCAACCAAGACCAUCAAUGCUCCAGGAAGACCUGCAGCUCAGUGAUAGUGAAGAGAGUGGUGACGACCAAGUUGUUGAAAAGCCACCUUCUUCACUUGCUCCUCCAAGUGCCCUACAGUCACAACCCAAGAGUGUGGCAUCAGCACAUUCCAGCAGCACUGAGUCAGGGAGCACCAGUGACUCAGACAGCUCUUCAGACUCUUCAGAGACGGAGAGCAACUCAAGUGACAGUGAAGCAAGCAACCCUUCAAGAGCAUCAGCACCUGAGCCUGACCCACCAACUUCCAAUAAGUGGCAGCUUGACAACUGGCUGACCAAGGUGAACACACCAGCAGUGCCAACAGAGAGUGAAAUCAGCCAUGGAAAUGGACAUGUGGAGGGCAAGGAGCAGACGCAGAGCAUCAGCAGCAAUUCCUCCCACCAGCACACUCAGCUGAGGGAGCCUCAUCACGACAGUUCUGACCAAGUGGCCAAGGCUUCUCAGGACACUCAUCUUCUGACCAAACGCAACUGCCAACAGUUUCCCAUGUGUGUGAAGGAGACCUUGCUCAGGCAGACUGUGGGUAUCAAAAAGCCCAGCAAGACCACAGUGCACGAGGGGCCCAAGGGAGGCCUAAAGGUAGAGAGUGACCCUGGUCCUUUUGAGGUCAGAGACCAGUCUUCCAGAGACAAGCCAAAAGUCAAAAGGAAAGGGAAACCAAAAUCCAGUGAAGGAAAAGACCUGAAGCCGACACUGCAAGGGCCCACUGAGAACAGCAAGCACAAGAGCUCCCACCAGGCCAACACCAAACCCUUCUUGGAUCCCAAGAUUAUGAGAGAAGUUUUGUUUGGCAGUGCCCAGGAGCAUCUCGCUCUCAGUCCCCUUCCUGAAGGCCAGGGCACAACCCCCACCAGGACUGGCAGCCCCAGGCCUGCCAUUGUGGCCAGAGAGGAUAUUCACAAGGAGAAUCUUCCCUUGCCUAUCAGGGAGAAGUUACUCUCACCAGUAAAGGACUCCCUCACUCCUCAGUCCCUCAUGGUGAAAAUAGGUCUUCGUCUUCUGUCAAGAAUACCCCAGCCUCCCAGGAAAGGCAGUCAACAGAAGAGAGCAGAGGCCAGGGAACUCCCUGGUGUAGAGAAGCAGGACUUGAAGAGGAAGAGCACAGACAUUCUUGACAAGUCCCUUCAAAAGAAGAAGAGGAAAGCAGAGAAUGCGAUUGAUAGGAAGAAAAUGAAAUCAGAAAAAGAAACACAAUCAUUGCAGUCUUCAGCUAACAAAGACUUCAAUAAAAAGAAAGUACCAAAAACUUGCUCUAAAACCCAGAAGACAGACCUCCUGCUACCCACGCCACUGCCAACCAUGUCUCCUGCACAUCCUGCACCAAAGUCAACCAAGACAUCCCAAAAGAGACCCAGAAGUGAGAGCAGUGAGCUGCCUGCCAUGGAUCACACUGCCAGGAACACGAGCAACCACAAGGAUCCUUCAGUCUCCAAGCACAAGAAAGUGAAGAGAAAUCACACUGAGUUGUCAAAGGGCAUCAAAGUAUCUGCAGGUGGUGUAGUAAAUAAUUUCCCAGUGCCUUCUUUGCCAAAUGGUACCUCCAAGCCAAGGAGACCUCCACUCAAGUUUGAAAAACAGCAUCCAAUAGAAUACUACAUGGAAGAAGCCAAGAAGCUGAAGCACAAAGCUGAUACAAUGACUGAGAAGACUGCAAAGGCCUUUCAGUACCUAGAUGCUGUACUUUCCUUCAUUGAAUAUGGAAUUGCCUUGGAAUCAGAUAUAACAGCACCAAAAUCAGCUUACAGCAUCUUCAGCGAAACCAUAGAUCUCAUCAAAUUUGUCAUGUCAUUGAAAUCCUUCACAGCCUGCUCAGCAUCUUCACAUGAAAAAAUCUUUGCUGUGUUAUGCAUGCGCUGCCAGUCCCUGCUGUACAUGACAACGUUUCGUUACAAGAAGGACACUGCAAUAAAGUAUUCUAGAAUCCUGAACGACCACUUCAAGAGUUCUUCCAGAGUAACACAAGCACCUUCUCCGUGUGUUGAAAGAAGCACAGACAUGCCUUCUCCUCUUUCUCCAAUGCCCUCUCCUGCCAGUUCUGUGAGUUCUCAGCCGGGAUCAAAUCCCAGCAACUGCAGUGGCAGCAGCAUCACCUCCUCAGUCACUGUCUCAAACAACAUCACGAGCGUCACCUCUUCCUAUGUCAACAUCACUUCCCAUAUCCUCUGUGCAUAUGACAUUUGGGAACAUGCUGAUGCACUGACCAGGAAGAAUAAUGAGUUUUUUGCUGAACUCAACGCAGCAACCUGCACUCUGGCACUGAACAGUAACAUGAUGGAACUGGUACACUACAUUAGACAGGGUUUACAGUGGCUGAGACUGGAAACAAAUACGCCUUAACUGGUGCUCAAGGUGGUUAAGUACCUUGAAUUUCUUUUUUGCACUUUUGAAGCCUCAAAAACAGUUUAUUUUGGUUUAAUUGUUGGAUACAAAGCACCUGCAAGGGAAAAUAAAAGUGGAAAGGAUCUGAUUACACUGGAAAAACUUUGAACUGUGUUUUAGGGUAGCAUUUUUCUGCCUUGAAGAGAUGGAGGAAAGCCUCAGUGUUGAUGGCACCUUCCUUUAAAAUGACAAAGUGCAAUGAAUUGUCUCAAUGGCUCAAUGUAUUGAUGGUCUAUAAACAUUUCUAUGAUGAAUAACCAGCAGAACAAUAAUAAGACAUGAAGAAGUGCCGUCAAGAGGGAAAUCUGCCUCUACAGUUUAUUAUGCAACAUCCCACAGUCUGCAACAGUUGUAUGCCCUGAAGACAUAUCAGAGAAGGGUUUUUGCAAGCAUGGAUGCAGUCUUUGGUGUCUUUGUUCCUCAGAUAGCAACCUCGUUAGCACAGCAUUAUGUUAUAAUAAAACAAAAAAAAUGCUCUGCCUUACUUGCUUUCCAACCUCACCCUCCUGCAUUUGUCAGCCAUCUGCUGUCCUGAGAAUUCCCGGAAGACACACACCCACCCCUCCAUGUGCGUGCACACGCACACACAUGCGUGCGCGCGCACACACACACACCCCCAGUCCCCCCUCACCCCCCACACCCCCUUAGGACUCAAACUGUGUUACUUAGCAGCUUGCUCAGUGUAAGCCUUGUAGGCCAAACACCAUUGGGGUGGCAGAAAGGACCAGGUGUGGCUGGAAACAGCUCUUCUGUGCUGGAGGUCACUCACACUGUCGACUCCUUGUCUGUCUGCUUUUUGUCAUUUUGACAAUGAGGGGUAGACAACUGUACUGGAUCACUGUGGUUGCUUGGACAUUUUUCUGAGUCUGAGAGCUUCCAUGGGGAGCUUCUGUUUUAAGGAGGGGCUAAGUGUGGAAUAUAAACCAAAUUUUGUGUUUGGAUAUUUUCCUGCAAAACGUUGCUGGUGACAGGAAAUAUCUAAGAGCAGGAUUUGGUACCAAGGUAGGGAGGACAUCCUUCACGUGGGAGAUAACUCGUGCGUUCUUUCUCAGCCAAACUUCAAGAUGGGCCCAGAAACUUGGAAAUUUGUCAAGGGAACACGAAAGGGAAUUAAUUAACUGUUUGCAACCAUUUUUCUCCUUGUCAAUAGUUGCAUUUUUUGAAUUUCAAUUUUGCAGGUGACAGUAGCAGUGAAUGUGGCAUUUGUGUAUUUAGUAAGAUGACACCAUUCUCUAACCCAAAGAUUUCCUGUUGUGUGACAGCAGCAUCCUGCUGUCCUCAUAUCUAAUAGUGUGCCUUAGCCCUCUGGUCCCCUCUCACAUCCCUCAUCCUAUCUCUGACAAACCUCUGGGAGCAGCAAAGAGAAGGAUGGUAUCUCAAUAAUAAUUAUGCUUACAGGAAAGAACUGUCUCUCUUUCCCACAGAAUUUUAGGACGGAGGAACAGAUCUGCACAUGUGCAGCAGUACCCCCUUGGUAAAAUACCUCCUCAUGACUUUGAGACUUGUGAAAAUGGACAGUAAAUAAAUAUCAGCAAAAGGUCUGCAUUUCCAAAUGGUAGUUUCUUUGUAGAAGUGGCCCCAGACAGAGGGAAGCUCAGAAUCCUCUUGUCUCUUGGGAGGAGGUGGUGGGAGUGUGCUGCAGUUCUGCCCUGGCCUCAAGUACAAGGAUGCUCUCUCCUUGCUUCCCUGGCAGCACAGGGAUCAUGCCGGAGGCUUCCUGCACCUUCAAGAGACUAUCCUUUUAUGUUCACUUUAUUACAAGCCUUAGUGCAUUUUGGGAGAUAAGCUGGGCUAACCAGUGGAUGGAAGGUUCAUAUACCUCCCCUUCCCCGCCCCCCCCCCCCCACCCCCCCCCCCCCCCCCCCCGACGGCCCACCUUCUUUUACAUAUCAAUCUUCGGUUGGGUUCCUCCUCCCUGGAGGAGCAACUGCUCUGAAUAAGCCAGGGACAGAGGGAGGCUCAGCUUUAACUUUUGUUCUCAGGAAGUGUGAGGAUGGCCAGCUGGCCUGGAGGCUUGAUGGGUACUUUGGAGCUCAGUUCCAGACUAGUGGGUCAAUGCCUUCUUCUGACUUUGUCUUCAAACAAAGUUGUUUUUAGGAUAACCAGCUGAGGAGGAGGAAGGAAGCAAGCAAGCUUUAUUGAACCUGGAAACCACUGUGGGAGUCUGCGAAAACCAUAGCAGAGGGUAUGGGAUAAGCAUAAGGUGAAGCAGGGACACCAGUGCUUGUGCUGGUACUUGGAUUUUGCAUAGGCUCAUCUCCCUCACUGUUGCCAAGCUGCUUCCCACAGCCUGCUGCCCCAGGGCAACAGCCUGCCGCCAGCCUCGCCUGCUUGCUGCAGCCCACAGGCCCUGGCCUCACCUACCUUUUGGGCCCUUUGCCGCCCCAACAGCCAUAAUGUGUUGCCUGGGAAACCUGGUGCAAGGGUGUCAGGUGAGCUCCCAGGUAUUUGGAGGAAGAAACAAGGUCAGGGGCUGUUUGCAUCACAGGCAUUUGAGGGGAUGGCUGUUUAGGGACUCUUAUUUUAAAAGUGGUCUGUGGGAGCAUCAGUGCCACGGUAUGUAGCAGAAAGCUUAUAUUGUGUUUCAGGUCAUGGGGAAGACUGUUUAAAUAAUAGGUAAUUUUAAAAAAGCCAUUGUAUUUCAACCUUGAGCCAGGUCAGAGGCCUGCAAAGGGUUAGGAAAGACACUUGUUGUUUUCACUUGGGCCUGUUCAAGCCUUUUCAAACACAGAAGCAAAAAAAAAAAAAUCCCAAAA